AUGAGUUUCCUAUUUCAAAACGUGAGGCUUCAUGUUAAAAAAUAUCAGACAACUAAGGAAUUCUUCAGAGUAGAUAAAAAUAAAGAAAUAAGGUCAAUGGAUCUCGAAGUUAUAGGUAGUAUGUCUGAAAUUCAAUGUGCCGCAUUCUGUGAGGAAAACAGUGAUAUCUGCUGUGAGAUUACUUAUGUUAAAUUGAGUAGAGAGUGUAAACUGGUACCCUCUGGUUGCUGUCAAGUGGAAUUUAACAACGUUUCUGGUUCUAACAUUCUACAUCCCGGUCGAAAAUUUAGCGACUAUAUCUCAACAUUGUCAGUAACAAAUGGUGGAGUUUUUGGUGAUUGGACAUACCAAGAGUUUUGUACGAAAGGUCAUUAUGCCGUUGGUUACAGAAUGAAAAUUGAAGGGCCAGACGACGAUAGAACAGAACUGACUGCUAUCGAAAUUAUCUGUGGAAGCAGAGGUGGUUUUCCUUGUGGUGAAACAUCAAGUUCUGGUCAGCAGGGAUGGGGUGAUUGGACAGAGGAAGUACAUUGUCCAACUAAAACAUUGUUGGUCGCAUUCUCCCUGCAAGUGCAACAGUACAAUGUUGGAAUUGAUAACACAGGUGCCAACUACGUCAAAUUCAAGUGCAGAUAUUUUAAAUAUGACGCCGGUUACUUUGAUCUGAGCUAUCCACCCGGUUAUGGUACGUACGGUUCUUAUGGCGAAUGGAGUGACGCUUGUCCAGUAAACAGUGCGAUAUGUGGUAUACAAACUAAAAUCCAUGGCGGAAGUCCUUACGGACAAGACGAUACCGCGCUAAAUGAUGUUAGAUUUUUCUGUUUUGAAUAAAAGACUACUGCAUGUCACUAUAGCAAUAUGUACAAUAAUUAUUCUAAUGCAUUUUUAUGAAAGAAUCAUUUUCAUUGGCUAAAAGAUAUCGUUAAAUCCACAGUUGACCAGUUGUAAGUUCGUAACUAUGGAGAGAUUCCCAUCUUGAAUUCAUUGGAUCAACAAAUGUUAAUCACUGCAAUAUUCUGAUGUUGUUACGGAAUGUCAGAAAUAUAGGAUAUAAUACAAAAAAGUUACCUUUACUUGUUAAAUAAAAAGCCCGGUCUUUAUUUUUUCACAGCCGAAAGUCUGCAGGGUGUUCAUUCACGAAUUUUCCUUAUUCAACACUUUUGUAGUCAAUCAGUUAUUAACACCAGAUGAAACCAAACCAAAAUGGGAAAAGAUUACACUUUCACAUACGCAAAUUUUCAAAUGUUUUACAUUUAAGAAUUCCUCAUUUUACGAAGAGGGUAGACAACAAGAACCCAAGUGUGUUGAAUUGCACCCCUUCCUCUUUACUCGAAGAUGUAUAUGCAUAACGCUAUAUAAAUUUGUAAAAUGUAAAUAGAAAAGUAAAGAUUUAUCAACUUUCAUCAUCAAUUUGUUAACUUCAUUUUACAGAUCUUUAUGAUUUUAACAAUAAAGUCAUUAUAAACAUCUGCCGAUUUGGAAUGAGAUCUGGACUAUCUUUCAGCUUUUAGUUAAUGAAAACAUUCAACAAUACGGCUAAAAUUCAAUGAAAACAUUCAACAAUACGGCUAAAAUUUAAUGAAAACAUUCAACAAUACGGCUGAAAUUUAAUGAAAACAUUCAACAAUACGGCUAAAAUUUAAUGAAAACAUUCAAAAAUACGGCUAAAAUUUAAUGAAAACAUUCAACAAUACGGCUAUUUUAAUGGGUACGGGGAAAGUUCAUACGUGAUACGGGUUACACACAUUUUUCACCGUACCAGCUGUCAAUAUGAUUUGCAAACACGUGCUUAAAGUAAACUAUCUAAUAAUGACGACCUUAAUAUAUAAAAAAGAAGAUGUGGUAUGAUUGCCAAUGAGACAACUAUCCACAAAAGACCAAAAUGACACAAACAUUAGCAAUCGUAGGUCACCGUACGGCCUUCAACAAUGAGCAAAGCCCAUACCACAUAGUCAGCUAUAAAAGGGCCCGAUAAGACAAUGUAAAACAAUUCAAACGAGAAAACUAACGGCCUUAUUUAUGUAAAAAAAAAAGAACGAAAAACAAAUAUAUAACACAUAAGCAAACGACAACCACUGAAUUACAGGCUCCUGACUUGAGACAGGCACAUACAUAAAUAAUGUGGCGGGGUUAAACAUGUUAGCGGGAUCCCAACCCUCCCCCUAACCUUGGGGUUAUGGCCCAGGGUAUUUAGAAAUUGGGGCCAAAAAGGGACCGAACAAAUAAUUUUCUUGUACUUUGUAAUUUUUGCUCAUUUCUUGAACAAUUUCUAUGGGGUUUUAUUUUUGAAUUCUUGGGGUUCUUUAAAUAGCUGAAUCUAACCGUGUAUUAAGUUUUUGAAAUUUGGGACAUGUUUUUUAAUUGGUCCAAAAGGUCCAAAAUUAAACUUUGUAUUGUAAUGAAAAAUUAUGUUCUUUAUUGUUAUUGUUCAAUAUCAUGAUGAAAAUCUAAUUAUGUAUUCUGAAACAAAUAGCAGAUGCGACAUAAAGUUUAGUAGUUUGUGUUUCAAGUACUGCACACAUUAGAUUAAUAGUAGUUAAACAAUUAGCGUAAACAUCUGUUUGUUAUGUCCAUAUUUCGAAAUUCUUUCAGUAGUGGUCAAGACUUCAAAGAUAAUUUGAUAAUCCAUAAUUACAAUAAAGUCUAUAAAAGCCUAGGUUUACGUUUUGUGUUCAAUUCGAACACUUAUUGUAUUCUAGAUAGGUUUGAAAUAAUUUGAAAGAAACUAUUUAUUUUUAAGAUAAUUUCUAAUAGUUAAAAUAAUUUAUUUUUCA